AUGGAUGAUAAUGUAGAUAUUACUAUUCAUGACGCUUCAAGACCGAGAUGGGAAUAUAUGGUAGAAUCACCUAUUAUAGAGCAAACACCAUCCAAGUACAAAUUGAAGUUGAAAUAUGGAGGCAUCUUUCGGCUAGCCAAGAAAUCACGUACAAAAAGAUAUUGCUUUGGCUUUCAAAAGUCUAUCUACAUUGACUUAUACAACUGGAAUCUGCUAGUUGAAGAGGUCAUGAAGCAUUAUCCAUCAAACAACGACAUGAUUUUGAAUGUUUCUUUUAUUGACAAGUUUGUCGUAGAUCAGUCAUUUAUUGAGCUUAAAUCUGAUGAGAAUUUCAUGGAUGAACCACAUGGUGAGGAUGAUUCAGACUAUUGUCCAAGUGAAGAGAGUUAUCACAGCCACUUUAGUAGCGAUAAUGAAAAUGAACUAUUGAACGAGGAACUAGAAGGUUACGCAGAUAUCAAGAAAAAUCCCAUCAUGAAAGUGCAUUCAAAGUUUCCAAACGUUGUCGAAUUCAGAAGAGCUUUAAACCAUCAUGCUCUUAUAAAUGAAUUCGAGUACUUCAUCAAGAAAAGUGAACCGAGGCGAUUCACAGCAAGGUGUGCACAGUUAGAGUGUAGAUGGAGGAUUCAUGCUUCUAUCAUGCAAGAUGAUAUUACCUUUGAAGUUAAAACGUUGGUAGAAGAACACUCUUGUAUUCGCAGUAAUAAGGGUGGUAAUAAGUGUGCCACUCAAGGAUGGAUUGCGGAAGCUGUUAAGGACAAGCUGAAAUCUGAUGGUGAUGUAUCACCUGCAGAUCUCGAGAAGUGGCUAAUGAAAACUUACAGUGUCGAGAUUCCAUACCUUAAAGUUUAUAGAGGGAAGGAGCAAGCUUACACGGAUAUGUAUGGAAAGUGGGAGGACUCUUUCUUAAAGAUGGAAAUUUUCAAAGAGGAGCUGAUAAGUAGGAAUCCAGGAAGUGUUGUUGAGAUUGACUUCGAAAUAGAUGGCGAUAAGAAACGUUUCCUUCGUUUUUUUUCAUUAGCUGCUUGCUCUAAGGGGUUUCUUGUGGGUUGUCGUCCUUACAUUAGUCUUGAUGCAUGUCACCUAAAAGGAAAGUUUAAUGUUGUACUCGCUGCUGCCACAGGUAUUGACGGUAACAAUUCCAUUUUUCCAAUAGCAUAUGGUGUGCUUGAAUCAGAGAAUACAAAAUCAUGGACAUGGUUUCUUGAGUCAUUGAAAAAAGCAAUUGGGACACCAAAUGGUCUUGUUAUCUCUUCAGAUAUGCAAAAAGGAUUAGAAGGGGCUAUUAUACGUGUUUAUCCAAACGUUGAACACAAAGAAUGCAUAAGACACCUAUAUAGAAAUUUUAAGACAAAAUUUCAUGGUGACUUUUUCAACUUCAACUUGUGGGGUGCAUCAAUAACUUAUUGUCUCAGUGAGCAUGACAAAUUGUUAAAGAAGAUUGCUGAUGUACGUGAAGAUGCAAUAACAUAUCUCAAUGAGAACCACAAAAGGAUAUGGAGUCAAAGCAAGUUUGGCACAACAUCCAAGUGUGAUUAUAUUACCAACAAUGUUUCUGAAGUUUUUAACUCUUGGAUUGGUGCGAAUUUGGGUGAAUAUGAAGUUUGUAGAAGCUCGGGAAAUCGAGCUGAAGUGGAGUAUAAGGGAAAACGAUGGGAUGUUGUACUAGACGAGAGAACGUGUAGUUGUCGGGUUUGGCAAGUUAAAGGGCUUCCAUGUGUGCAUGCAGCGGCGUUCAUUGCUUUCAUAAGGGAUUCUAAUUGGGGAAAAUACGUCGAUCCUUAUUUCACAAUCGAGUCAUUCAAAAAGGCAUACGCACUAGAAAUCUCUCCUAUGCCCGCAAAGGAUCAAUGGAUACACAUGGAAUCGGGCGAGAAAAUAUAUCCACCCAAGAUUAAACGCCCAGCUGGAAGACCUAAAAAGAAUAGAAUCCUGCAGUAUGACGAGCGCCAAAAGAAACAAAAAUGUCUACGAUGUGGUCAAUAUGGACAUCGUCAAAAGAGAUGCAAGAAUAUGGCUAAUCAAGGGAGGCGGAAAGAAAAGAAAAACAACAAGCAGUUGUUCAAUAUCGGGUUCAAGAUGAAAAAGUUUCCGAACAAGAAGUCUUAUUUGUUUGAUUAA